GUCGGCGCGACCCAGGUGCCUGCGGGCAAGAGGCGCCCGAGGAUGUGCGGGUGGCCGCUGCUCCUGCUCUGGGGGCUGCUACCCGGCGCGGCGGCGGGGGGCUCGGGUCGAGCCCUCCCGCACCAGACCGUCCUCGACUCCCAGGGCAAGUACUGGCUGAGCUGGGGCCCCCGGGGCGGCCGGCUGGCCUUCCGCCUCGAGGUGCGCACCGCCGGCUACGUGGGCUUCGGCUUCUCGCCCACCGGGGCCAUGGCCGCGGCCGACAUCGUCGUGGGCGGGGUGGCCCAGGGGCGGCCCUACCUGCAGGAUUAUUUUACAAAUGCAAACAGAGAGUUGAAAAAAGAUACUCAGCAAGAUUACCACCUGGAAUAUGCCAUGGAAAAUAGUACCCACACAAUAAUUGAAUUUACCAGAGAACUGCAUACAUGUGACAUAAAUGACAAGAGUAUAACGGAGAGCACUGUGAGAGUGAUUUGGGCCUACCACCAUGAAGAUGUGGGAGAAGCUGGUCCUAAGUACCAUGACUCCAAUCGUGGCACCAAGAGUUUACGGCUGUUGAAUCAUGAGACAAGCAAGGUGUUGCCUACAGUUGUACCGUACUUUGACCUGGUAAAUCAGGACGUCCCCAUCCCAAACAAAGGUACGACCUAUUGGUGUCAAAUGUUUAAGAUUCCUGUAUUCCAGGAAAAGCAUCAUGUAAUAAAGGUGGAGCCAGUGAUACAGAGAGGCCACGAGAGUCUGGUCCACCACAUCCUGCUCUAUCAGUGCAGCAGCAGCUUUAACGACAGCAUUCUGGACUAUGGCCACGAGUGCUACCACCCUAACAUGCCCGAUGCGUUCCUCACCUGCGAGACCGUUAUUUUUGCCUGGGCCAUUGGUGGAGAGGGCUUUUCCUAUCCACCUCAUGUCGGAUUAUCCCUUGGUACUCCAUUAGAUCCUCGUUAUGUGCUCCUGGAAGUCCAUUAUGACAAUCCAACAUAUAAGGAGGGUUUAAUAGAUAAUUCUGGGCUGAGGUUAUUUCAUACGACAGAUAUAAGGAAGUAUGAUGCUGGAGUGAUUGAGGCUGGCCUCUGGGUAAGCCUCUUCCAUACCAUCCCUCCAGGGAUGCCUGAAUUCCGGUCUGAGGGUCACUGCACUCUGGAAUGCCUAGAAGAGGCUCUGGAAGCUGAAAAGCCAAGUGGAAUCCAUGUGUUUGCUGUUCUUCUCCAUGCUCACCUGGCUGGCAGGGGCAUCAGGCUCCGUCAUUUUCGAAAGGGGGAGGAAAUGAGAUUACUGGCUUAUGAUGAUGAUUUUGACUUCAAUUUCCAGGAGUUUCAGUAUCUAAAGGAAGAACAAACAAUCUUACCAGGAGAUAAUCUAAUUACUGAGUGUCGUUACAACACAAAAGAUAGAGCCCGGAUGACUUGGGGAGGAUUGAGCACCAGGAAUGAAAUGUGUCUCUCAUACCUUCUUUAUUAUCCAAGAAUUAACCUUACUCGAUGUGCAAGUAUUCCAGACAUUAUGGAGCAACUUCAGUUCAUUGGUGUGAAGGAGAUAUAUAGGCCAGUCACGACCUGGCCCUUCAUUAUCAAGAGCCCCAAGCAGUAUAAAAACCUUUCUUUCAUGGAUGCAAUGAACAAGUUUAAAUGGGCUAAAAAGGAAGGUCUUUCCUUCAACAAGCUCGUCCUUAGCUUGCCUGUGAACGUGAGAUGUUCCAAGACAGACAAUGCAGAGUGGUCGAUUCAGGGGAUGACAGCAUUACCUCCACAUGUGGAAAGACCAUAUAAAACAGAGCCUUUGGUGUGUGGAGCCUCUUCUUCCUCUUCUCUACACAGAAAUCGCGCUCUUGAGCUACCCGUGGGCUUCGUGGUGUUGGGCAGCAUGCUGCACAGCACAGGCUUAUGGUCAUGAUUCUGUGCUUGGGGACGAUGUUUCCUGUGAUCCAAACGUGUCCAGUGCCAGACACUUUGAGCAUGAAGAGUGAGCGUGAGGAGCAUGGAGACCUUUCCUGUCACAUACUCCCUUCCUCCCCACUACCUGAGAGAUGUCCAUCCUUCCCCGUCUACCUGAGAAAUGUUGAUUGGGUUCUCUUCUUUUGCUCAGAUAUGUCUGAUCAAAUGUUUCCAUUGCCAAUAAUGCAAAGCUGGACUGACUUAACACAACCUCUUUUUAAAAUUUGGACUAAGUUAAGUGGAGGCGAGAGUUCUUUAUUUCUUUCCAUAUUUCAUUUUAUUUAAAGACUCAUUGUUAUUUCACUUUUUAGUUUGUGAUUUGGCUUCUAGCUUCUUAAAAUGCUUUCAUCUGAAAAAUGUACAAGAAACACUCUCUGUUCCACAUUUCUUCUUCUUUAUUGUUCUUUGAGUGUGACUUCCCAAGUGUGACAAUAGUCCUUAUGUCCUUCAGCGGUAAUCCAGCUCUGCCCUUGUCUGCGAAAAACUGAUGAGCCCCUUACCUCAGUACUUUUCAGUGAUGCCCAUUCUAGCUUCUUGGUCCCUCUGAGCCUAAUGAUACUCCCAAACAACCCCAGACCUAUCUAUCUCAGAGCAUUUUCCUUUUCCUUCCCUGCUCAGCGCUGACCAGGUGAGUUUUUCUUGAGCUCUGUCACUCUCUAAAAGGAAAGGAACUAAAGGAAACCCAGAAAUGGGACAUAAUGGAUUGUAGGCUGAGGGGAAAAUGUAGCUGGCUGCAAACCCGGGCUGUGCGGGGGGGGGGGGGGGGGGGGGGGGUCCUUUGCAAGGUUCCAGGUCACAGGCCCCAGAGUAUGAGCCAGGCUGGGAGGGUGUGAGGUCUCUGCAGUACUUCACUGACCCCACUAGGUGUCACAUGUGCCGCAUCCUGGCUCAAUUUGAGUCAGUUGCUAUUGUAGAUUUAUUUUUAUAUUAGUUAAUAAACUAAUUUUCCUUAGUAAAAUUGUCACCGAUGGAAAAUCUUGUCACUUCUUAGGUUCCCUUUCUGUAGCUCAGCCAAAUAUCAUUGUGUGUCCUGUCCUCAUUUCUUAAGCUAAGUCUGUUUGGAUCAUAUUAAUAAACUAAAUAAAAUUAAAUAUUUGUGUGAUAUCUUGUAUACUCCUUGAGAGAAGCAAGGAAUUCCGUACUGAUGUGUCCAGUCAAAUGGAUUGAGAAUGUUGCAUUUUUGUAUUCCAUUUUGAAGCCCGCAAAUAAUGUCUUCAACACAAACUAUAUCAUCUUUUAAAUAAAUACUGUAUUUUGGAGUGUU